GAUGACAAUCUGUGGCAGCUGACUUCAUCGCUCAUCGGACUUCGCUCAAUCGGGUUGGACUCAACCGGCUGCAGUAAUGGCGAUCGCAGUGUUCGCCGCUCUUCUCUUGGCGAUUGUUCUCCGCGCGGAGUCCAAGUUCAUGGUGUACAACACCUCGCAGAGCAUCGUCCCCGGAAAGCUCAAUGUGCACUUGGUUGCUCACACUCACGAUGACGUCGGCUGGCUCAAGACCGUCGAUCAGUACUACGUUGGCUCUAACAACUCCAUCCAGGGAGCUUGUGUGCAAAAUGUUUUGGAUUCUACUGUGCCUGCGCUGUUGGCCGACAAGAACCGCAAGUUCAUUUAUGUUGAAAUGGCAUUUUUCCAGCGUUGGUGGAGAGACCAGAGUGAGGCUGUACAGAAAACUGUCAAGGAGCUCAUUAGCUCUGGUCAACUGGAGUUAAUAAAUGGCGGUAUGUGUAUGCAUGAUGAGGCAGCUCCACAUUACAUUGACAUGAUUGAUCAGACGACUCUUGGGCACCGUUUUAUUAAGGAUGAGUUUGGUCUAACUCCAAGAAUUGGUUGGCAGAUUGACCCAUUUGGACAUUCUGCUGUGCAGGCUUACUUGUUGGGAGCAGAAGUUGGAUUUGACUCACUAUUCUUUGGUCGGAUAGAUUACCAAGACAGGGCCAAGCGUAAAAAUGAGAAAAGUCUUGAAGUUGUCUGGCAAGCUUCUAAAAGCCUGGGCUCAUCUGCGCAGAUUUUUGCUGGUGCAUUCCCUGAGAAUUACGAGCCUCCAUCCGGUUUCUAUUUUGAAGUUAAUGAUGCUUCUCCCAUUGUUCAAGAUGACAUCAAUUUGUUUGAUUAUAAUGUUGAAGACAGAGUUAAUGACUUUGUUGCUGCAGCAGUAUCUCAGGCUAACAUAACUCGAACAAAUCAUAUAAUGUGGACAAUGGGAACAGAUUUCAAGUAUCAAUAUGCACACACUUGGUUCCGGCAGAUGGACAAGCUGAUACAUUAUGUAAACCGGGAUGGGCGUGUUAAUGCGCUCUACUCAACCCCAUCAAUAUAUACUGAUGCAAAAUAUGCUGCAAAUGAAUCAUGGCCAAUCAAGACCGAUGAUUUCUUCCCAUAUGCAGAUCGUGCGAAUGGUUACUGGACUGGAUACUUUACGAGUAGACCAUCCUUCAAACGCUAUGUCAGAAUGAUGAGUGGCUAUUACAUGGCGGCAAGGCAAUUAGAGUUUUUUAAAGGAAGGAGUAAUUCAGGGCCCAACACAGAUGCGUUGGCAGAUGCUUUGGCAAUUGCCCAGCAUCAUGAUGCUGUAACUGGUACAGAAAAACAGCAUGUGGCUAAUGAUUAUGCAAAACGUCUGUCAAUGGGCUAUGUGGAGGCUGAGGAGUUAGUUGCUUCAUCGCUUGCUUGCUUGGCUGAAUCAAAAUCUCACGCUGGGUGUGGGAACCCAACUACAAAGUUUCAACAGUGUCCACUCUUGAACAUAAGUUACUGUCCUCCAUCAGAAAUUGACCUUUCCAAUGGGAAGAGCUUGAUUGUAAUUGUUUACAAUUCUCUUGGGUGGAAGAGAGAGGAUGUAAUUCGAAUUCCUGUUAUCAAUGAAGGUGUUACUGUUCAUGAUUCUGAGGGCACAGAAAUUGAAUCACAGCUUCUUCCUCUAGCCAAUGUUAGCCUGGGCAUAAGAAACUUCUAUGUCAAGGCAUACUUGGGUAAAACCCCAAGUGAGACACCUAAGUAUUGGAUUGCAUUUACGGCCACUGUACUACCCCUGGGUUUCAGCACAUACACCAUCUCAAGUGCCAAAAGACCAGGUGCUGGUUCAACCAGAUCAUCAGUAUACACUUUGCGAAAAGGUGGAAAGUCCACUGUUGAAGUUGGUCAGGGAAAUUUAAGGCUUACAUUUUCUGCACAUGAAGGGAAACUUGAUUAUGUUAAUAGAAGAAGCUCGGUCAAUGAAUCUGUCAAACUGUCCUACAGUUACUACAACGGAACUGAUAAAAGUGAUAAAGAUCCUCAGGCAUCUGGAGCAUAUAUAUUCCGUCCAAAUGGUACACAUCCCAUAAAGUCUGACACCAAGGCUCCUUUGACUGUAAUGCGUGGACCAGUUAUUGAUGAAGUCCAUGAACAAAUCAAUCAGUGGAUAUAUCAGGUCACCAGACUUUUCAAGGGAAAGGACCAUGUUGAAGUUGAGUUUAGUGUGGGGCCCAUUCCCAUUGACGAUGGAAUUGGGAAAGAAGUUGUUACUCAAAUCACGACUACAAUGGAAACCAAUAAAACAUUCUACACUGAUUCUAAUGGACGUGAUUUUAUCAAGAGGGUUCGUGAUUAUAGGACAGACUGGGAACUACAAGUGGACCAACCUGUUGCUGGAAAUUAUUAUCCAAUUAAUCUUGGAAUGUAUAUGGAAGAUAAUAAGACAGAAUUUUCAGUUUUGGUGGAUCGAUCUGUGGGAGGAUCCAGUAUAGUUGAUGGACAAUUUGAGCUGAUGCUCCACAGGAGACUGCUAUAUGAUGAUUCUAGAGGUGUCGCAGAGGCUCUAAAUGAAACAGACUGUAUCCUAAAUGAAUGCAGAGGACUGACUGUCCAAGGGAAAUUUUAUUUUAGGAUUGGCCCUCCAGGAGAGGGUGCCAAGUGGAGACGUUCAUUUGGACAGGAAAUAUAUUCUCCAUUUCUUUUAGCUUUCACCGAGCAGGAUGGAGAUGACUGGACAAGUUCUCAUGUACCAACAUUUUCGGCCAUUGACAACUCCUAUAGUUUACCUGAUAACAUUGCCAUUAUUACUCUCCAGGAGCUUGAUGAUGGAAAAGUUCUCCUUCGGUUGGCACACUUAUAUGAGGUUGGAGAGGACAAGGACCUUUCUGUAAUGACAAAAGUUGAACUGAAAAAGCUCUUCCCUGGCAAGAAGAUUAGCAAAGUGACAGAGAUGAGCUUAUCUGCCAACCAAGAAAGGGCUGAAAUGGAAAAAAAGAGGCUUGUUUGGAAUGUGAAGGGCUCCCAUGGAGGGCCUGAGGUGAUGAGGGGAAGACCUGUUGAUCCUACAGAACUGGUUGUGGAACUUGCUCCAAUGGAAAUUCGCACCUUGAUUAUCGUCCUUGAUCAUACCGUCCACCAGCAUGGGAUGGCUGAUGUCUUGGGGCAGGAGCUUCAGGACAUCCUUGUAGAUUUGAUAAGGCACUGAGCUCCUUCUGCUGCAUUUUUUUUUUUCCGGGCUUUAAUCCAGUUGCACUUGAAACUCUUAUGAGAGAAUUGUUUGUAGCUGGUUAUUGCCAUUUGAUUUAUCCAUCACAGACAAGCGUCCGCUUAAAUGCGAUGAACCGUUGUGUGCA